AUGUCCCUACCUCCCAAGUUUAAUCAAUGUCUAAGAUCUCCUUUUACGCCUUUUCGACCCUUUCUUUCCCGGACAUAUUCUCAUUCGCCAGGAGUGAGGGCUCAUGAGCGACCGGUUCUCAGGUACGCUCAACUGCCAUCACGAUCACUUAUUGAGGUUGGACCCAACGCGGAUAAUGCUCGCACUUUUAUACAUGGCCUUGUGACAGCAAACACCGAAAGUUUGCAGUACACAUCGUCCAGCUAUUAUACUGCCUUUCUGAAUGCUGGUGGCCGAGUCCUGGAUGAUGUCUUUAUAUAUCCACCUCCGAGCAAUUUCGAACCCGGAACUGGAGGCUUGCGAGGCCAGGACGAGCCGGAUCAAUAUAUGAUCGAAGUCGAUAGGGAGAGAGCUGAUGCCCUCAUCAGACAUUUGAAGAAACACAAACUGCGUAGGAAAUUGAGCUUCCGUCUGCUAGAUCAGGAGGAAGGUCCAGUAUAUGGGAUCUGGGCAGAUGAGCCAAAUAUUGACCCUUUCACGGCUUUGAAACCCACACUCGAACCACUUCGGAGCUGGAAGCUUGAUCAAAGACCAAAUAUGGGAGCACGAUGCAUACUACGGUCAAAGGCGGAAAUGGAACAAUUUUUUGGCCCUCCUAAUGCAAGCUUUGAGGACUAUACAAUACACAGAAUGAUGAAUGGGAUAGCAGAGGGAUCAGCAGAAAUAGUACCCACCUCUGCGUUGCCCCAGGAGAGUAAUCUUGAUCUUUUGGGUGCAAUCGACUUUCGCAAAGGAUGCUAUCUAGGACAGGAGUUGACCAUCAGAACUCAUCAUACUGGGGUUGUACGUAAGAGAAUAGUCCCAGUCCAACUCUAUGAUAACGCAUCGCCAAAACCCGCGACGGCCGAUGCUCCAGAAUACAUCUCCACCGCGAAGUUCACAUUGCCUCCUCGGCAAUCUGCUAUAUCAAAGGUAUCCGCUCGCAAAGGCCGAAGUACGGGAAGAUGGCUUGGUGGUGUAGGCAACAUCGGACUGGCAUUAUGCAGACUGGAAAUAAUGGCCAACAUCAGACUGACAGAGGAAACUGCGCUCUAUGAUCCCGAGGAGGAAUUCAAGGUGGUCUGGGAUGAAGAGACGGAGACCGUUCAAUCAAAGGAGCUCAAAGUCAAAGCUUUUGUGCCACGCUGGAUGAGGCUGGGUAUCGCGGAGAGACUGAAAAGUCUAAAAGGCCACCGUACCUGA